AUGGUUCACGGCGAAGGCCAUGCCCUGCGGCUCGCUGAUCAGGGCGAUGCACACGCCCGCCCGCAGCGCCUCGGGGCUGGUGGCGACCACCAGCACGGGGGCGUCGCCCACGGCGUUGAUCCAUUGCCGCAGCGUGGCGGUUACUUUGCUGACUAUUUGUGCUGGCCACCACCUAUCAUUUACGCUCUCGAAACGAUUGGGCGCGCGGAAGGCCGUGCCCCACAUCAGCUUGAGGCUCUGUCCCGGCUCUGGCGACCAGACCCAGGCCGCACGCGGGUUCCAGCUGGACUCGCCGCCGCGGGCACCGUCGCGCCGCACGCCCAGCACGAGGCGCUGGCGCUCGGCGAGCCGCCAUUCGUCCUGCACGUAGAAGCCCAGGCGCUGCGAGGAGUAGGUCUGGUCCUCGGGCGCUUCGCCGAGGUAGACGUAGCGGAAGCGCUGGAGGUUGUCGCGCUGCAGGUCCACGCCGAAGGACGUGGUGUGCACGUCGCCCGUCGCCCCACCCCAGCUCUGCCCCAGGCGCAGUUCGCCCAGCCACCAGCGGCCCUGGGCCUCGAAGCGACCGGUGCGCACCUCGGCGCCCGAGUCGUCGGCCUGCUCCGCCCGGAAGCGCGAGGACUGCCAGGCCAGGCCCAGGUGCACGUCCCAGUCCGCCACUCGCCCGUCCCACCCGCCUUGCGCGAAGUUCUCGCGCAUCGAAUCGAUGCUGCCGGUGAUGUCGCCCGACUUGGGCAGGAAGCUGUACAGGCCCCGGUCGCGCAGCACGCCGCCGACACGCAGCGACAGCCCGCCGUCGCGCCCGCCCAGCAGCCAGCGCCGCGCACGGUCCCAUUCCAGCGGCUCGAGCUGCGCGUGAUAGCUCUCGGGCUCUCCGAACAGCAACCCGGGAUGGGGCUCCUCGUCGCUGCUGAAGGCGGCCAGCCAUUCGGCGCCGCUCUCCAGCCGCUGCGCAUAACUGAGCCGCGUGCUGACCUGGCCCUUGGGCGAGAACACGACCCGCGCCUGCGGCCCGGCCAGCGUGUCGGCACGCUGAGUGACGAUGUUGACCACACCGAGCAGCGCAUUGCCGCCGUACAGGGCCGAGCCCGGGCCGGGCGCGCAGGCCGUCCAGCAGGAAGAGCACCCGGCCGUUGA